AAAGCCGUCGGAGACUCAUACGUGUGUAACAACUAGUCUAUAUAUGUUGACACAUUUAAAUAUAUACACGUUUUAUAUAUGGGAGAGAUUAAGUCUUAUCCUAUUAUUCCGAGUUAUAAAACACCGACCGUUUAUGUAAAAAAUGUGUGAACGCACGUGGAUUCUAUGAAGAGAGCUCGCGUAAGCUCGGUGUAUGAAGGUAAAGAGAGGAAUAGAUCAAGAAAAGGAGAGGAAACUCGAAGGGAUCAAUCAAAACAUGCGAGGAUGACCGCGAAAGCUCGAAUUAGUGUUCAUAAAGAGAGCAUGAAAUCUCUGCCGCCCAAACACAACUCGUUGGUGAUCAUGAAGUCGAUGAGAAAGAAAGAAGAGACACAAAAAUAUCAAAAUAAAGUUAUAGAAAAGGAAAAGGAGGAGAAAGAUAAAGGUGCGACGGAGAUUAUGGAGGAAGAGAUGGAAAUGCCUAAUUCAAAGUUGGUUGAGGAUUGGCCGAAGAUAUUAACAUAUGAAGAGGAGUGGACAUGGUGUGCGUUUGCGUUUGGGUGGGGAUGGUGGCGGCGUUAUCAUGACACCGUGAUGAGCGUUGCGUACCUUGGCCAGGUCACAGCUCCGUGCAGGACAGGAGAGUUUGCGUGCGGGCCUCUGGAUAGAUGAUGCAGAAUGCGGAAGUAAUGGUGGCUAACAAGAUGGUGGAUCCUACCCAGAGAAGAAUUGAACCUACCAAUAUCUGUCUCUUUAUCAUGUUUAGUACUAUUAAAACCUUCGAAUACCACUUUACUCAAGGUUGAAAACAAUCAAAUCAUUGCGAAAAAUCACUUAUUGAAAUUCUUUUCACCACCAGAUAUGUGAAAAAAUAAAAUUUAGAAAUUAUGCAUAA